CCACACCGCGUUGCGAUGGUGACUGCGUGGCACCGCCCCUGGCUGUGCGAGGUUCCUGGUGGGGCGGGCCUCUGGGCGGGGCCGCGGUGCAUUGUGGGGCGGCGGCGGUUGUGGCGGCGACGGCGGCCUAGCCGAGGAAAAACCACAAUGGCAUCAGGGACAGUAAUGAACACCACUUCUGCGGGAGGAUCCAAUGAUGUGAACCUGGAGGAACCGAAGAAGAUGACAAGGGAAGACUGGAGAAAAAAGAAGGAAUUAGAAGAACAAAGGAAACUAGGAAAUGCACCUGCUGAGGUGGAUGAAGAAGGAAAAGAUAUCAAUCCUCAUAUUCCUCAGUACAUAUCCUCAGUACCAUGGUACAUAGAUCCUUCUAAAAGACCUACACUAAAGCAUCAGAGACCUCAGCCAGAGAAGCAGAAACAGUAUAGUUCCUCUGGAGAAUGGUACAAACGAGGAGUUCAGGAGCAUGCUGUAGCAACUAGAUAUCGUAAAGGAGCUUGCGAGAACUGUGGGGCAUUGACACACAAAAAGAAAGACUGCAUGGAGAGACCCAGGAAAGUUGGAGCAAAAUACACAGGCAUGAAUAUUGCACCAGAUGAACAUGUGCAGCCUCAGCUGAUGUUUGAUUAUGAUGGAAAGAGAGACCGUUGGAAUGGUUAUAACCCAGAAGAGCACAUGAAGAUUGUAGAGGAAUAUUCCAAGGUUGAUUUGGCCAAACGUACGCUGAAAGCCCAGAAGCUUCAGGAAGAGUUAGCAUCAGGAAAGCUGGAGCAAGUGAACUCCCCAAGACACCAGUGGGGAGAAGAGGAACCAAAUUCACAGACAGAAAGAGAUCAUAACAGUGAAGAUGAAGAUGAAGAUAAAUAUGCAGAUGACAUUGAUAUGCCUGGGCAGAACUUUGACUCUAAAAGACGUAUCACAGUUCGAAACUUACGUAUUCGGGAAGAUAUUGCAAAAUACCUGAGGAAUCUAGAUCCAAACUCUGCUUAUUAUGAUCCCAAAACAAGAGCAAUGAGGGAGAACCCAUAUGCCAAUACAGGCAAGAAUCCAGAUGAAGUUGGUUAUGCAGGUGACAACUUUGUUCGCUACACUGGAGAUACCAUUUCAAUGGCACAGACUCAGCUGUUUGCUUGGGAGGCUUAUGACAAAGGCUCUGAAGUUCAUCUUCAAGCAGACCCUACAAAAUUAGAGCUACUUUAUAAAUCCUUCAAAGUGAAAAAGGAAGAUUUCAAGGCACAGCAGAAAGAAAGCAUCCUAGAGAAGUAUGGAGGACAAGAACACCUAGAUGCCCCGCCAGCUGAACUGCUGUUAGCUCAAACAGAAGAUUACGUGGAGUACUCUAGACAUGGAACAGUCAUCAAAGGACAAGAGAAAGCUAUUGCUUGCUCUAAAUAUGAAGAGGAUGUAAAGAUCAACAACCAUACAUGCAUUUGGGGUUCAUAUUGGAAGGAUGGCAAGUGGGGUUACAAAUGCUGCCACUCGUUUGUCAAGUACUCAUACUGUACAGGAGAAGCUGGGAAAGAAAUUGCUAAUGCUGAAGCAAGCUUACUGGAAGAGCAACCCAGGGAGGAAGAACACAUAACAAAACCCAAAACACUGAUGGAGAUCCACCAAGAGAAACAGAAAGAGAAGAAAAAGAAGAAGCACAAGAAGAGCUCAAAUUCAGAUAGCGAGGGUGAAGAGAAAAAGAAGCAAGAAAAACUUAAAAAGGCACUAAAUGCAGAAGAGGCUCGUCUUCUCCAUGUUAAAGAAAUCAUGCAGUUAGAUGAGAGGAAGAGACCGUACAACAGCCUAUAUGAAACCAGGGAGCCAACAGAAGAGGAAAUGGAAGCCUACAGAAUGAAACGUCAGAGACCUGAUGAUCCCAUGGCCUCUUUUCUUGGACAGUAGUAAUGGUGAAAAUUAUUCCAAUACACAAGACUUUUUUUUCAUACCUGUUUCCAACUUUAUAGACACUUGCUUACCUUUCACAUGUCUUAAUAAUUGCCAGACAUAGCAGAGACCUUUUUUGCACCAAAGAAGUUGGUGAAAACUUCUUUCAACAGAUAUAAACUGUCCAAUACUUACAGCAAUUUUAUACGUGUGUGUGUAUAUACAUAUACAGUCACAAAUAUAUAUAUACAGACACACAUGUGUAUAUAUAAAAUUCUAUGUAUAUAUAGAAUAUGUACGCCUACUCUGUAAAUUCUUUAUUGGGAAAGAUCUGAUGCUGGCUGGGAUUCUAGGUUUGUUUUGGCCAGCUGAUGUAUCCACAGAAUCAUGAUACACUCAGUAAAACUGACUACUCAAAUGGUCAGCAGGUGUCACAACACAGAACAACAAUUGUUGGGAAAAAAAUUUCAUACAGCUACUGAAGCCUCCUGUUUGUAAAGAGAGUUGCCUGUCACAUGGCUUUAAAAGGAGAAAUAUCUUCUUUGUUGACAACUUUGUAGUAAGUAUUUUGGAAAUGUAAAGAUUGUUUGCUUUGUACAGUUUUGGUUAAAUUAAUAUAAAGAUCUUAAAUGCU